UUUGUUCUUACGCGUGGGAAUUUUAUGCUGUUCUGUCAGCUCCAAUUUAGCGAUUUUCUGCUUGCCUUAGGAAAGUAUAGUAAAAAUAAUAAUAAACAAUUUAUCUUUAUUAUCGCUUUGCUUGUAGGCUGUUUUUCCGUUGCAACUCAUGGGAUUUCUGUGUAGGAUGAUAAUCUAGGACCUGAAGAAUUACAGAAUCAUGGGAGACGAGAAAAGGGUGGAUUCAGGAAGUUCAGAUAGUGGUGAUGAUGCAGUAGUUGGCAAUGUCAACAAACUGCUGGUUCAACCGCAUGGAUAUUCAGGAAGAGCAAAAAAGGGGCACUUGAUCUUUGAUGCUUGCUUUGAAAGCGGUAAUUUGGGAAGAGUCGAUUAUAUAACAGAACAUGAAUAUGAUCUAUUUGUUCGUCCUGAUACAUGCAAUCCUCGUUUUCGUGUUUGGUUUAAUUUUACAGUUGAAAAUGUUCGUCCUGAUCAGCGAAUUAUUUUCAACAUUGUCAACUUUAGCAAAACAAAGAGUUUGUAUAGAGAGGGAAUGUCACCAGUGGUCAAAUCAACAAGUCGACCCAAAUGGCAAAGAAUUCCAUCAAAGAAUGUUUUUUACUACAGAUGCCCGGAUCAUAGGAAAAACUAUGUCAUGUCGUUUGCAUUCUGCUUUGAUAAAGCAGAUGAUUGCGAAGUUUAUCAUUUUUCAUAUUCGUUUCCGUAUACAUAUACACGACUACAGACGUAUUUGGAUAAAUUGGAGCGAAAGUGCCUGCCAUUCGUCAAACGAGAGCUCUUGACUUUGACUGUGCAACAAAGACGAUUAGAUAUGAUCACUGUCACAUCACCAGAAAAUAUGUCAGAUUCAGAUGGACAGAAAAUUAUAUUUUUGACUGGGCGAGUCCAUCCUGGUGAAACACCAGCUUCACACGUUGUGCAAGGUUUUUUAGAUUUCGUUAUCAGUAAUCAUCCAAUAGCAAAAGUAUUAAGAGAUCAUCUCGUUUUUAAGAUUGUACCGAUGCUCAAUCCUGAUGGAGUCUACUUAGGAAAUUAUAGGUGUUCAUUAAUGGGAUUUGAUUUGAAUAGACAUUGGCAAGAUCCAUCACCAUGGGCGCAUCCUACGUUGCAUGCAACAAAACAAUAUCUAAUGAAUCUACAUUCCAAUCCGAGCUCUGUACUGGAUUUCUACAUUGAUGUUCAUGCACAUUCAACACUAAGUAAUUGUUUCAUGUACGGAAAUAUUUAUGAUGACGAAGAAAGGUUUCAACGACAAGCUGUAUUUCCCAGAUUGAUGUGUUCAAAUGCAGAUGAUUUUAGUUUUGCAAACACUGCUUUUAAUCGUGAUGUUGUAAAAGCUGGAACUGGUCGAAGGUUUCUUGGUGGAAUACUUGAUGAAACAUCAUACUGUUAUACUUUGGAAGUUUCUUUUUAUAGUUAUUAUAAUGGAUUGUCACCAAAUCCCAUACCAUACACAGAAGAAAGCUACUACAGAGUUGGAAGAAAUUUAGCAAAGACAUUUUCAGAUUAUUAUAAACUGUCAAGUCUAAUUCCUAAGCCCUCUGCUGGGUUCAACAGAGAUAAGGAGCGACCAAGUUCGAAUCGCAGAAAAAGUAAUCGAGGUGCGACAAGCAAUAGUGGUGGAAGUUCAGCCAAUAGUAAUAACUUGUCUCCGAUUCCAAAGACUCAACAAAGAUUUUCAAGAGAUAAAUGAACUUUUGUUAUCAUACUAUAGUUAUUGUCAUCAUAUAUAUUCAUCAAACAGAUGCAUAGUCAUAAAUCAUAUUUUAAGAAUUAUAAAUUAAAAUUUUGGUUGGACAAAGUAAUGGGAAACCUGAUUCGUUAGUCAAUUCAUUGACAUUAAAAUGCACAAAUAAUAAUUGAAAUGAUUCAUCAAACCUACUCCAAUCUUGAUGUGUUAUGAUUUUUCAUUUGAAACUGUCUGUGAUAAAUGGUCAGAUUUCCUUCAUAAAAUAAAUAGAGUUGUCAUACCAUGUUCCCAGUGUUGACCUGAUAAAAUUUCCACUGUCUUGUAUAUUAGUUUUCAUCGUACUGUUCUCUGAAAUUUGACCUGAUAGAAUUGUCACUGUGUAUUUUUCAUGAUAGUAUUUAGACAUUGUUUCACAAACAUUGUAAUUUAUCUUGUUAUUAAAGAUAUGUGAAAUGCUGUUUUGAAAAGUUUUCAAGUUCACUGUAACCGUGGUUAAAAUGUUGUUAAUUCAUUUUUCCAGCUUUGUACUCAAUAGAUUGUGCCGUAUAGA